AAGGAAAGGGAAGGCCCGGGUUGUCAUUGGCCCUCACUUUCGUUCCGCCGAAGAAAAGAACUAGCCAAAGCCGGCUGCUGCCGUCUCCUUCGCCUCCUCUCCUCGCUUCUCCGUCUUCUUUUCUUUUCGUGUCCUCAUCAUCGAUCGAGAAGGUCCUCGAUCUGUUCCCAACCGCACCAAGAAAUCCCAAGCCCUCCCUCUUCUUGAUUCGAAGGGGAGAAGACUUCAAGAGAGAGCUCCAAGGCUUUGCCUUCUCUCCGGCUUGUCUUGGUCCUUCUGAAGCUCUUGUUCACCGACCCGGGAUAGGGUUUUGAACUCUCUUCUGGGUUGGGAAUUGGUGGGUGGAGGUGUCGGAGAUGGCGUUCUUGUUGGGGUUGUUCCUGGGAGUCGUGGUUGGGGUCGGGCUGGUGAUGGGCUUCGUCCGUUCCGAGAAUUACCGAUCCAAGAAACGAUCCGAGCUGGCUGCUACAGUGGCAGCUUUCUCAAAGAUGACAGUCGAAGAUUCCAGAAAGAUUCUUCCAGCUCAGUUUUAUCCAUCAUGGGUUGUUUUCUCACAGCGCCAGAAGUUGAACUGGCUCAACCUCGAAUUGAUGAAAAUCUGGCCUUAUGUUAAUGAGGCAGCAUCUGAGCUGAUAAGGACUUCUGUUGAGCCAAUUCUUGAACAAUAUAAAUCAUCCAUCUUAUCUUCACUUAAAUUUGCAAAACUAACUCUUGGCACUGUUGCUCCACAAUUUACAGGAGUUUCUAUAAUUGAAGAUGAUAGUUCUGGGAUUACCAUGGAGUUGGAGUUGCAGUGGGAUGGUAAUCCAAACAUUGUACUUGAUAUUCAAACAAAACUUGGUGUGGCACUUCCCAUACAGGUGAAAAACAUUGGUUUUACUGGUGUUUUUCGUUUAAUCUUUAAACCGUUGGUGGAGGAGUUUCCCUGCUUUGGUGCUGUCUGUUAUUCAUUGAGAGAGAAGAAAAAGCUGGAUUUCACUCUCAAGGUUAUUGGUGGUGAAAUAUCAUCUCUUCCUGGAAUUUCUGAUGCAAUUGAGGGAACAAUACGUGAUGCUAUUGAAGACACCUUAACAUGGCCAGUAAGAAAAAUUGUUCCCAUUUUACCUGGGGAUUACAGUGACCUAGAACUGAAACCUGUUGGAAUUUUGGAAGUAAAGCUUGUCCAAGCAAGGUCCUUAGCUAAUAAAGACAUAAUAGGAAAAUCCGAUCCCUAUGCUGUGUUGUAUGUACGCCCAUUACGUGACAGAAUGAAGACUAGCAAAACAAUUAACAAUGAUUUGAACCCUAUCUGGAAUGAACACUACGAGUUCAUAGUUGAAGAUGCGUCUACUCAGCAUUUGACGGUAAAGAUAUAUGAUGAUGAAGGGAUCCAACCAUCCGAACUUAUUGGUUGUGCUCAAGUGAGGUUAAAAGACCUUCAGCCUGGAAAAGUGAAGGAUAUCUGGUUGAAACUAGUCAAAGAUCUGGAAAUCCAGAGAGAUAGGAAAGAGAGGGGUCAGGUGCAUCUAGAGCUUCUGUACUGUCCUUUCGGCAUGGAGAAUGAGUUUUUAAAUCCUUUUGUCAGUCAAAGUUUUUCAAUGACUUCAUUGGAGAAGGCCCUCAAAAGUGGGGUGAAUGGAACCGAUGCUGCUGUGACUGACAGGACAGCAUCUCUUAGGAAAAAGGAUGUCAUUAUAAGAGGAGUUCUCUCUGUGACAGUUAUAUCUGCAGAAGAUUUGCCUGCAAUGGACGUGAUGGGAAAGGCAGACCCAUUUGUUGUUCUGAGUAUGAAGAAAUUAGAAACAAAGAAUAAAACAAGGGUAGUAAAUGAAAGCUUAAAUCCAAUUUGGAACCAGACCUUUGACUUUGUCGUGGAAGAUGGACUACAUGAUAUGCUUAUUUUGGAAGUCUAUGACCAUGAUACCUUUGGAAAGGAUUACAUUGGGAGAUGCAUCAUGACACUAACAAGGGUGAUAAUGGAGGGAGAAUUUACUGAGAGUUUUCCUUUAGAGGGGGCUAAGUCUGGAAGGUUGAAUUUGCAUCUUAAGUGGACGCCGCAGCCAAUUUACCGGGACCUAUAAAUCAUAAUGGAUGAAAGCCAAGCGUCUCUCUCUCUCUCUCUGCCGUGGAUUAAUCCUCUUAUAUACCAAUUCCUGGAUAAGGCCUCGGCUUCUCACUAGUGAAGAGUUGUAAAUUUGAAUUUUUUUUUUUUAAAAAUCUGUAAUGUGUCAUCAAGUCCUCAUGGUUGAUUGGUUUCUGUUUGUUUCUGGAAUCCCUGCUGAGUGUAAAUCAUGAUAUACACGAGAAUGAAUAGAAGAGUGAAAAAUGUCAUAGGAACGUUCACAAUUUGUCAGCACUACGGAACUUAUUAUAUUGUUGAGUAAAUAGCGUAAUGACUCGCAAUUUACCUA